UAUUAUGUCACCCGUUCGGGCCCUUGCUCGCGCGUAGCCCCUCCCGGUCUCGAGAGCAGGUGUUGCGCGUGCACGGCUGUUGGCCGUUCGGCGCGAGCGCUGCGAGCGGUUGCAGGUGAGAGCGGGCGCGCGGGGGAUAUGUGCCGCUCCGCCCCCCUCAGUUGCAUCACGGAGGCGAAUGGACGGCGAGCCGGCGGCGCUCGGGCGUGUGCCGGAGAGCGGCGGGGACGCGGCCCCCGUCCUGGAGCUCGGAGCCGGCGGCGAUGCUGUGCCGGCGCUGGAGUGGGUGGUAGAAGAGGAGGAAGCAGCAGCAGUAGUAGUGGCGCCGCUGCGUUUCGGCCGGGCUGCCGCGAACCCAGGGGGAGCCGUCCGCUUCCUACCCCGCCGGGAGGCUGAGGGAGCCGGCGGGUUGGAACUGGGCGACUCGCCGUCCUCUCCGUCGCUGCUGCUGCUCUACCCGGAGAAGGAGCCACUGCUGAGCUGCCCGAGCCCGCUCGACGAGCAGCCGCAGAGCCCCGGCUGGCCGGGCACCGAGCUCAACCACUUCCCAGAGGAUCCGGAGUUCGCCGACAUCGUGCUGCGAGCCGAGCAGGCCAUCGAGAGCGGCGUCUACCCGCAGCGCAUCUCGCAAGGGUCGAGCGGCAGCUACUUCGUCAAAGACGCCAAGGGGAAAAUUAUUGGAGUUUUCAAACCAAAAACAGAAGAACCUUAUGGGCAAUUAAAUCCCAAAUGGACAAAAUUUUUCCACAAGAUCUGCUGUCCGUGUUGUUUUGGCCGUGGUUGUCUCAUACCUAAUCAAGGUUACUUGUCAGAAGCUGGUGCUUACCUUGUAGAUGAAAAACUGGGAUUGGGAGUUGUACCAAAAACAAAGGUAGUUUGGCUUGCAAGUGAAACAUUCAACUAUAGUGCAAUAGAUCGAGCAAAAUCCAGAGGAAAGAAAUAUGCUUUAGAAAAAGUGCCAAAAGUUGGUCGCAGGUUUCAUAGGAUUGGACUACCUCCCAAGGUUGGCUCCUUUCAGCUCUUUGUAGAAAAUUACAAAGAAGCUGACUACUGGCUUCGAAAAUUUGAAACCGACCCAUUGCCAGAAAAUACUCGCAAGCAGUUUCAGUCCCAGUUUGAGAAGCUGGUGAUCCUAGAUUACAUCAUCAGAAAUACAGAUAGAGGAAAUGAUAACUGGUUAAUGAAAUAUGAAAAACCAGCAAACAGAACAGAGUUUUGUGAUAAAGACUCUGAAUGGACACAUUGCAAAGAACCUAUCAUUAAAAUUGCAGCCAUUGACAAUGGAUUGGCAUUUCCAUUUAAGCAUCCUGAUGAAUGGAGAGCUUAUCCAUUUCACUGGGCCUGGCUUCAUCAAGCUAAAAUUCCUUUUUCACAGGAGACAAGAGACUCUGUCCUUCCCCGAAUUUCAGAUAUGAAUUUUGUUCAGGAUCUCUGUGAGGAUCUUUAUGAACUCUUUAAGACUGACAGAGGGUUUGAUAAAGCUACUUUUGAACUACAGAUGUCAGUGAUGAGAGGACAGAUUUUAAACCUUACUCAGGCACUUAAAGAUGGAAGAAGUCCAAUUCAGUUAGUUCAGAUGCCUCGUGUGGUUGUGGAAAGAAGUAGUUCUGGAAGUCAAGGCAGGAUAGUUCACCUGAGCAAUGCCUUCACCCAGACAUUUCACUGCCGAAAACCUUUUUUCUCAUCUUGGUAAUGAAUGUAUAAAUAAAUUUGUUGGCCUUUUAAAUGAUUUCUAGCUACCUGUUUCAUACCACUGUAAAUAUGCAAUAAGGUGACAGUGAAAGGGAGCAAACUUGAAUUCCAUAUGUCGCCUUUUAAAAUGCAAGAAAAAGGUGGAAGUUAUCUACUGUAAUUGCCAAAUAUAGUUGCUUUGGUGUAAUUCAUCAGAUGUUAGAUACUGAAAGUAAAGUUUACAACUUUUGCAGAGUUAAAACUUGAGCAAUUUUUAGUGUCAGGGAACAUGAACUACUGUCUUAAUGUAUUUUUAUAAGAUCUGCAUUAAAAUUUUCAAAUGGUAAUGUAUUAUAUUAUCUGUGCAGGGGUAUUCUAUAGGGAAUUUCUUGAAUAAAGAUGUUUGUGUUUAUA